CUUUUGUCCUACCAUUGCCCUACUUAGUUCUUCUGUCCCUGUGUCGCGCUUUACUCAUUUCUCAUUUCUAUAUCGUUCCUUUUUUGUGGUUACGAAUCGAAAUAUAAAGUUAUUUUAAAAUUUUUACAAUAUGAUAGGCACGUUAUUUUCCAGUGCAUAUCGAACAUUUCCAGGACUUGCAUCGUUGAAUCCAAUAACUAAUUUAUGGAAUCUUACAUUGAGCAGAAGUAUAAUAAGAUAUCAUUUUCCGCAUCCUAAUGAACGUCGUCGUAUUAAACGAUUUGGUUGGAAAACAAGAAUGUCAACUUUAGGUGGACGGAAAAUUCUUAUGAGAAGAAUAUUGAAAGGCAAAUAUGUACUUAGUCACUAAGUUUAUUAAAAUAUGAGGUUAAUAAAUGUAACACUAUAAACUAUAAUAAAAAAAUUAUUCAUAUGUA